UUAAACACUCCUGCACUUUUUGACAUAAUUGACGCGAUCGGACGACGUGUUUUGAAUUUGUAUGAUAUUGAACAAAAAAAUAAAAAUAAAGAUCUGAUUUCUAUUAAUUUAAUUAUUUAAUUUGUAAAUUAUAAUGAACUAUAACGCCAAUACCGGGCCACGUCCAGCCAAUUUUGGCAAAAAAGUAAAGCGAGUAAGCGACGUGAACGCAAUGGGAUACAGCUCCUACACCGCCCAAAAUCAGCCUCAAGGGGUCUAUCCCAAUCUACCGGCGAGCGCCGAUGUUCCCAUGCAAACCCCUAAUUUUCAACAAAGUUUUGGAAAUCAACAACAAUAUGAAGCCCAACAAUACUCUGGAGGAGCACCAUCUCCUGUGCCCAAUUUUAACCCAUCGGCCAUUCCAUCAGGCCAAUAUCCGCCCUCUUUCCCCAUGGCCGCUAAUUUGGCUGUCUUGGGACAACCUGUGGUUCAAGACAUGGCUAUGCAAUAUGGGCAACAGUUGGCCGGAGCAGGAAAAACUAUAAUAAAACAAGAAAUGGAAAAGUAUGUGCCAGUGAGUAAGUUAAAGUUUUACUUUGCUGUGGAUACCAGAUAUGUGAUUUCUAAAUUGGCAUUGUUGUUUUUUCCAUUUACACAUUCGGACUGGUCCGUAAAAUACGAACAAAACCACCCAGUACAACCGAGAUACGAAAUAAACGCGCCAGACCUGUACAUCCCCUCGAUGGCGUACAUCACAUACGUCCUGGUGGCCGGUCUGGUACUCGGAAUGCAAGACAAGUUCAGUCCCGAACAAAUCGGCAUCACCGCCUCGUCCGCGUUGGCCUGGUGCCUGAUCGAACUCGCCAUCUACAGCACCAUUUUGUACAUUUUACAAGUGGAAACGAGCCUAAAAACCCUCGAUUUGCUCGCGUAUAGCGGCUACAAGUUCGUCGGAACGAUCACGAGCAUUUUGGCGAGCGUGGUGGCGGGUCGGGCGGGUUUCUACGCGUCUCUGGUCUACGUCAACUUGGCGUUGGCCUUUUUCUUGGUGCGAAGUAUGAAGGUGCAAGUGCUCGCCGAACAGGGCACCAAGGAGCACGUUUACUACGGGGGCGGGGGACAGGGGCACAAGAGGCGGUUGUACUUUUUGCUGUUCGUCGUCGGGGUGCAGAGCGUCUUGAGCUGGUGGCUGAGUUUCCAUUUGGUGCCCCAGGUGGCGCUCGAGGUCGAUAGCGUGGGCCCCGCGACGUAAUUUCAGACGGACGCGACGUUGCUCUUUACGCCCUAUUUAAUUGACUAAUAGAUUCGUAUUGCAAACUAUUGUAACCUUAGGCGAUUUUUAUAUUUACUUAAUAUUUUAAUGCUAAAUAAAACCGCAUGUAUUUAUAUUUCUAUAA